GCAGAUCAGUUCAGAACAAGAGUUCAACCAGAGCGCAACCCAAAACCCACAAACAGCACCAUGAAAUUCGCCGUCGCCGUUAUCUUCACUUUGGCCCUCGCCAUGGGCGUGCAGUCGUCUGUGAUCCCCCUGCUGUCCCAGGUGGCUGGACAUGGACUGUCCUACACCGCCGUCUCCGGACCCGCCGUGGUGGCCUCUCCCUGGGCCCUUCCCGCCGCCCACUGGCCCGCCGCCGUGAACGUGGCUUCGUGGCCUCCGGCAGCGAUCCACGCCGCCGCUCCUGCCGUGGUUGCUGCCCAUGCUCCCGCUGUGGUUGCUGCUCCCUCCGUCGUCGUGGCCCCAGUGGCCCACAGUGGCGUCUACACUGCCCAGACCCGCGGUGCCAUCCACACCGCUCCUCUGGCCGGACACAUCCAGUCGGUGGCCUCCAUCAACGCCGCCCCCGCUCCCGGAACCUUGUAAGGAGGAACCACCUAGAAUCCCCUUGC